AUGACGGAUCCCUCACCAACACUAUCAAGGAAGCAGAAAGCUGCCAUCUACAACUCACCCGGAUCAGUUUCUAUCGAUAUCGUGGAGACUGACAUUCCUGAGCCGGGCCCAGAUGAAGUUUUGAUAAAUUUGACCCAUUCUGGCGUUUGUCACUCCGAUCUCGAUAUUAUGACAAAUAGUUGUGCGGGCCUUCCACCGACUCCACAAGGACAAGUUGGUGGCCAUGAAGGAGUUGGUCGUGUCGUGAAGCUGGGUUCGGGAACAAGGGGCUCUGGUAUCAAGAUUGGGGAUCGGGUUGGUGUGAAAUGGGUCGCAAGUGCUUGUGGGAAUUGCGAACCGUGCCAAAUGCAAUCGGACAGCCUUUGCUUUAACCAGAAGGUGUCCGGAUUUUACACCCCUGGAACAUUCCAACAAUAUGUCCUGGGUCCAGCAAAUUACGUGACUAGGGUCCCAGAUGGAGUAGAGUCUGCUCAGGUCGCGCCUCUACUCUGUGCAGGGCUUACUGCCUAUUCCGCUCUCAAGCGCAGCAUGACCGCACUGGGUCAGUGGGUUGUCGUCUCUGGCGCAGGGGGCGGACUGGGACACCUGGCAGUUCAAAUUGCUAGUAAGGGGAUGGGGUUACGUGUCAUCGGCAUUGAUCAAGGACAAAAAGCCGAUUUGGUCAAGGAAUCAGGCGCCGAACAUUUUGUGGACAUUUCCAAGUUUCCUACAGAUGAUGACGGUGUGGCUAUUUCAAACCACGUCAAAUCUCUGACUGGAGAACUCGGGGCUCACACUGUCAUUGUCUGUACCGCUGCCAAUAGUGCAUACAGUCAAGGGGUCCAAUUUCUCAGAUUCAGCGGUACACUGGUCUGUGUUGGGAUCCCAGCAGGUGAACAAAAAGCGAUAGCUAGCGCUUCUCCCGGAAUUUUGAUAGCGAAGCAAUUGAAAAUUAUGGGGUCGGCAGUUGGCAAUCGUGUGGAUGCCGUUGAGGUGUUGGACUUUGCUGCUCGGGGAGUAGUUAAGGUCUAUAUACAGACGGUACCAAUGGAGGCGCUUGCGCAAGUUUUCCAGGAUAUGAAGACAGGAAGCUUGCUUGGGAGAGCAGUGAUUGACCUGUCUUGA